GCAUCGCAUACUUUUUUGUUAAGAGGUGUAUUUUAUUUACUAGCUGUCAGCAAUAAAGCCAAUAUCGACAAUGUUCUUCUGUUGCCUACGAGGGCAUUUUAGCAGACUUUUUGCGUUGGUUUUCUUCCUGCUUGCAGUUUUGGAAGCAACAGAGUUUGAGGGUCGACCCCAGAAGAUGCGGGAGAUUCGGGCAACCGUGGCUGAUUUGGCCUGGCAGGGAAGGACCUACCUGGGCAGGCUAGUAGGGGAGCAGACUUUGCUGUCGGUGGAGAAGGAUUUCCUUCAGGUUAUAGGUGUGGUUGCUGAAAGUGUGGCUAAUCAUCUAAAUGCAGUACUACAGUACAUUUUACAAUUCCUGAAGGCUAAUGAAAUUCAAGUUGAUCUCCCCAUCAGCAAAGUCACCCCAGAAGGACUGAUCUUUAUUGCACAGUGGCUUCUCAAGGUUAUUUUUUGGUACUGCUUAAUUUCUCAUGCCUUCCAGUUGAUUGGUUGGUUGCUCGUACAGCUGCUGAGACUCAUGCUAAAGCUGCUGAGAGUCAUGGUGACUUGCUUGCUUCCAGGCUGGUCGGGAAAAUUGUUGGCCUGGAGGAGCAAGUUGAAAUCCUGGCCAAAGUUGAAGGGGGAAAUAAAAUUGAAAAAAAAAGAAGAGCAGCCAAAAAAAUUGAUUGAAAGAUUGAAAUCCCCCAGCUUAUCUUUACCCAAAAAGUGAAUAGAAGGACGCAACAUUCGGCCUUUGUAACGGAAAAGUGUUAAAACUGAGUUUAUUUACUUGUGUUUUUGCUAAUAGUUAAUCAUGCUUAAUUCUAAUCAUAGUAUAAUCAAGAAUAAAUCUAAUCAAUAUGAGGAGUAAGAUUAUGUUGUUUGAGUAAUGAAAUAAUUUUGAUGCCUUGCUUUUUCACCUAGAUUGUGGGAGCAUUGUUAUGACUAUAGUGCAUCCUUGGCUCUUUCUUUGUGAGUGAGUGUGUAAGAUUGUCAAAGACACAGUCAUAACACAGUCAUAAAGAGAAGAAGUAUGUUUAUAUGUGAUUGAGCUAUUGAGAAAUCAUGUUGAAGUAAAACAGCAUAUAAACUGAAUGAGACAUGAUGAAGAACAUAUUCAUUCAUGUCAUAUAAAUGUACAACGAAAUACAGUAUAUGUAUGAGAAAAUGUAACCAUUUUAAUGAAUGAUUGAACUUUUCUUUAGUUAAUCUGUCUGAAAGGUUAUAGAGAGAACAAAAGGGUGUGGCUUAUCUUUGGGACAAUGUGAAUGUCAUGUGGGCUGAUGGCAGGGUUAAAGAGGGGAAACUCCAGCUAAAGUUGCUUAAUUAAAAAAGCUUAUCUGCAAUUAAAGUUAAUUUUAUGAAUGUUCCUUCUUUUGGGUUCUUUUCUUAAAAGUAAAGGUAAAACUUGUGAAUGAGUACUAACAUCAUUUCAGGGUUCUGGGGCCUAUUUUCCAGGCCACAAAAGUAAAACCUGGCAAACCAUAGAUCAUUCGGGGGGGAGCGAAUGUUAAUGGAUGUGGCUGCUGAUUAAAUCGUACUGACAGUUGCUAGUGUUGUUGCAUCAUCUAGCAGACAGGGGGGUAUUUAGGCAAUCUAACAUUUACAGUUUCACGGUUUGCCAGGGCAAGCCGUGUGGGGUGUGAAAAUCAGGACCCAAGAUGCAGGCACUGACAUUGAUGGGAUGAGUGAACUUUUAAUUAUGAGUGAAGAAACUACUGGCAAAAGUGGAGAUGGCAUGGAAAGGAACUAAGAAAUAACCUAAACUGGAAAAACCUAACAAAUGAAACUGAAGCCAAAACUCACGGGAUGACAUGCAGAGGAACACAGGAAGGAACGCAGAUGAAACAGGGAGACUCGCGGAGACAAUACAGACGAACCAGCAACAAGCAGAAGGAAACAACACACACUAACAUAAGACACAGACCUUCACAAUAAAACAGGAAACUGAACACACAUGCAAAGAGACAGACUCAGAGACAUGGACUUUGUACAGAGACCUGACUACACUGGAACAGAAGGAACACACAGGCAGGGUAGACUAGGCACAGAACAGAGGGAGCACAGAGUAACAUGAGGGGGCAAAGGGACCAAAACCUAGGACCUAGAAAUUCAAAACCAACACACCGACAGCAAUAAUGUGGCAAAUAAAUAAUAAACAAUUCAACUCACUGGAUCACAG